GCCUCUGCAAAGAGGGAAAGUGUCAGCUCUGAGCAGGAUCAGAAAAUAAGUGCCUGUCCUUUCACAGCACAAAUCACAGAUUCUCGGAGGUCCAAGAAUGGCAUAUCACAAUCAGUACAGACCACCUCAAUAUAACAACGCUCCUCCCGAUCAAGGUUUUCUGUGGAAUAUAUUCCAGAGAGUGGACAAGGACAGGAGCGGCUCAAUAUCAGACUCGGAGCUUCAGCAAGCCCUAUCGAACGGCACGUGGACACCUUUUAAUCCAGUCACCGUUCGGUCAAUCAUAUCCAUGUUUGACAGAGACAACAAAGGAGGAGUGAACUUCAAUGAGUUUGCGGGUGUGUGGAAGUAUAUCACAGACUGGCAGAACAUCUUCCGCACCUACGAUAGAGACAACUCCGGCUUCAUCGACAAGAACGAGCUCAAGCAGGCUCUGACUGGGUUUGGUGAGCAAUGCUACCGGCUUUCAGAUCAGUUCUACGGCACCCUCAUUGAGAAAUUUGACAGACAGAGAAAGGGUCAGGUGGCCUUUGAUGACUUUAUCCAGUGUUGUAUUGUACUACAGAGGCUGACGGAUGUCUUCAGGAGGUAUGACACUGAUCAAGAUGGAUGGAUUCAAGUGUCAUACGAGCAGUAUCUAUCCAUGGUCUUCAAUGUCGUAUAGUGACAUGAGCACAUAACUGGACGCUACUGUGCCAAAUGCCAAAACCUCCGCAAACGUCUUCCAUGUUAACAUGACCAAACACAGCCAGAUUGCUAUCGUGGUAUGGAAAACGGGGAGAAGUGGCUCUUCUAUUCUGGAUCAUUGAUCAAUAUGUUUAUUAUGUAAAUCAUAAUAAUGUUAAAACCAUAUAUGUUAAGGUAAAUUUGGGUUGUAAAUAUUGUGUCUAUGGUAAAUUGCAUGUUUCAAAAGCGCAAAUAUGGGUGACCUCUCAUAAUGUUAAAGCAUGAAAUAUUAAUCUAAAAUAUAUUUUGCUGAUGCAAUGUUUACAAACACUGUGAAAAGCAGGACGUGUUUAGACUUUUUGUAUUUAAUGGUAUGUCUGUUCUGCCAUAUUUAUAUUUACACAUACUUUUAACCAGCAAUGCCAUUAAGUACAUAAGUGCGCAUUAUCAUAGGCACAGUAGAAGGAACAUGCUUUUGUAUAGCUUCUGCAUGGUGCCUUAAACUGUACAAUUGCAAAAAUUUUUUAUUAAAAAAUUUGUUUGAAAAA